GCCAGAAUUCCGGUGACGCCUUAUUGCCCACUCUGGUAUAAGAGCCGCACUUCAGCUCAUCCCCAUCCACAGCAAAGAGGCUGAAAGCAAGUGAAGACGAAGCGUACGUUGCACAGAAGGCUGGCAUCAACAUCUCAUCCUAAAUGGCUCAAGCUUUGGACAUUGGCAGAUGGGAUCUGGAGUGUGAGUUUAACAACACAGACCACCGCACUGAACUAAACGGGGUGGACCGCCUGAUCGUCCGCAGAGGGCAGCCGUUCACCAUCAGCCUACACCUCCGCUCUGGCACCUUUGAGCCACGAGCCAACGCUUUCACUCUCAUCGCUGAGACAGGGCCAUGCUCCUCUGAGGGAACGGGCACCAGAGCGGCGUUCGGUCUGAGCGGUUCCGUAGAUGAGACGCGCUGGAGCGCGGCCGCGUCCUGUCCCGACGGACGCACCGUCUCCCUGUCCGUCUGCUCCCCCCCGGACGCCCCCAUUGGCCGCUACUCUCUCACCCUGGACCAGGGCCACGCGGUCAGCCUGGGAGAAUUUGUGCUCCUCUUCAACCCCUGGUGUCCAAGAGAUGUGGUGUACAUGGACAGCGAGGAGAAGCUGAGGGAGUAUGUGCUAUCUCAAGAUGGGAUUAUCUUCAGAGGGAGUUAUAAAUACCCUAUAGGCACACCAUGGAACUUUGGACAGUUUGAAUACGGGAUCCUGGACGCGUGUCUGCGGAUUCUGGACGUGAACCCCAAGUACAUGCGGAGCCCUGAUGAGGACUGCUCGGGGAGGCGGAACCCCAUAUACGUGUCCCGGGUGCUGAGCGCGAUGGUGAACUGCAACGACGACAGAGGGGUCCUGUUCGGGAGGUGGACGGAGGAUUACGAGGACGGGGUCAGCCCCCUGUCCUGGAGAGGCAGCGUGGAGAUCUUGCGGAGGUGGGACAGCACUUCCUGUCAACCCGUUCGCUACGGCCAGUGCUGGGUCUUUGCCGCUGUGGCCUGCACCGUUUCCAGAGCUCUGGGGAUCCCCUGUCGAGUGAUAACCAACUACAACUCCGCUCACGACACCAACAGCAACCUGGUGAUCGAGCGCUACGUUGAUGACAAGGGGCAGCCAGUGCAGAAGUCCAGGGACAUGAUAUGGAACUAUCACUGCUGGGUGGAGAGCUGGAUGACUCGUCCGGACCUGCAGCCUGGCUACGAUGGCUGGCAGGCAAGUGACCCAACACCACAAGAGAAGAGUGAAGGCGUUUACUGCUGCGGUCCCAUCCCCCUGAAAGCCAUCAAGGAGGGCGAGCUCACCUUCAAGUACGACGCCCCGUUCGUCUUCGCCGAGGUCAACGCCGACGUGCUCACCUACAUGAGGCACAAGGACGGCAGGGUGGAGAAGAUCAUUGGCUCCACUUACGUGGGCCAGCAAAUCAGCACCAAGAGCGUGGGGAGUGACAGGAGAGAGGACAUCACGCACCUCUAUAAGUACCCCGAAGGUUCCAGUGAGGAAAGGGAAACCUUCAAGAAAGCCAACCAUCAAAACAAGCUCCUGCAGCAGGGCCCCGGCCCCACCCCCGGCUCCGGCCUGCGCGUCAAGAUCACCGUCCCCGCGGAGAUGAGGAAAGGCUGCGACUUCGACGUGUUCGUCGUGGUCGCCAACAACACGCCCGCCACCAAGCUGUGCCGGCUCAUGUUCUGCUCGAGGGCCGCCUCUUACAGCGGCAUCCUGGGAAAAGACUGCGGCUACAAGGACCUGCUCAACCUGCAGGUGGCGUCCGGCGAAGAAAAACAAGUUCCUCUCAGACUGAACUAUUGCAAGUACGGAGGGAACGUCAUGGAUGAUAACCUGAUCCGGGUGACCGCUCUUCUCACUGAUUACAGCAGCAAGGAUAUGUACCUCGCAGUGAGGAACAUUGUAUUGGAUGACCCAGAAAUCAAAAUAAGGAUCCUGGGCGAACCCAAAGUGAACCGCAAGCUGGCUGCGGAGAUCACACUGCAGAACCCUCUCCCAGACCCUCUGGACAACUGCUGCUUCAGUGUGGAGGGAGCCAACCUCACAGACGGGAAAACCAUCACUGAAAUGUUGGGCUCUCCUGUGGGGCCAGGACAGGAAGCCAAAGUGAAAGUGUACUUCACCCCCAGCCGCUUUGGGCUCAGGAAGCUGGUGGUGGGCUUCAACAGCAGCAAGCUCGGUCACGUCAAGGGCUACCGAAAUGUUAUCAUCGGAAAGUAGAGAGCAACCUGCUAGGGCUACAUCCUCUUCAGCCUCUGAAUGUAUAAUAACCGCAAUAUAUACAGUAUAUGCCAUGUCUCUGAUUGAUUUAUGAUGGAUUUAUUCUGAUUUUCCAGGCUCGUGAUGACCUGAUUUACUGACUUACUGACACUUAUUUGGUCCUCAUGUUGAGACACAACAGCAAAAUACUCCAAAAGCAAAUGCCACACCUAGAAUAAACUCUAGACCUUUUUUUUUGCUUUCUUGUGAAAAGAACUGAUGACACAAAGACACAACUAGCCAAAAAACAGCUGAACAGCCAAUUGUCCACACUGUCCUAAAAUGGGGGUGCUGUAUAUAUGGAUGUAAAUACCCUCAAAUUAAAGCUGACAGUCCUCACAUUAUCCUCAUAUUCACCGUUUUAUUUCAAAUCCAAUGUACUGGAGUAUUGAGCCAAAAGAACAUAAAAUUGUAUUACUAUCCAAAUACUUACAGACUGCACUGUAUAUGAGGCUACCAUUCAUUCAGAGGCCAAAGAACACUAUCAAGAUACACGAUACUUCUCAAACUUUCUGAACUCGCAAAACGCAAUACUUAUACAUUGUAUGUUGGAAUGAAUCCAAUAAAAGGCUUGAGUAUGUAUGCUUUUUGGUUUUGAUAUAACAAAUCAAUAUUGAUAUUGACUUAUUAUUGACUUGCAGAAGACACCCUUUAACAGUAAUAGGGCAGGUAUUCAGUCAUGUUCAUUAAUUACUCGCCUUUACAAUAUGCAUUUUACUGCCAGACAUGUUUCUUCAUGUGAAGGGGCAGUUUUUGUCCUUGUGUACUUUUUUAUUUUUUAUAUUUCAAAUAUAGAUGAAAACCCCAAUGCAAACUACACCACAGAAAAAAAAAAUGCAAAAUUGAAUGUUUUUAGGUACUGUGUACUAUUGAAUUAAUAUAGUGACAAUUACACUCGAUUAAAGUGCCUUUGAAUAUUAAA